AAUGUAAUUUAUAAUUAUAAAUUUUAAAGAAAUGAAGGGUACAAAAACAGAAGUUUGGGAAUGCUCUUGUAUAAAUCAGUAGGGAAAAAUGAUUCAAAGUUCACAUUAGGUUAUCUGUAGGAUAUAUAACUAUCAAUUUCAUAGUUCUAUUUAAAGCUAGUUUUCUGUGAUGUGUCAGUAGUGGGAAAAUGUGAAGACAUCCUUAUUUACAGUUAAUGCAACAAAGAGCACCUGUUUUGAAAACAUCUUAAAGGUGGGGGCCAUCAUUGUGGCACAGUGCAAAGCCUGUGACUGCAGCAUCCCAUAAGGGCACCAGUUCAUGUCUCAGCUGCUCCACUUCCAAUCCAGCUUCCUGCUAAUGGCCUGGGAGAAGCAGCAGCAGAUGCCCCAAGUGUUUGGGCCCCUGCCACCCAUGUAGGAGACCCAGAUGAAGCUCCUGGCUCCUAGUUUUGGCUUGGUCCAGAGCUGGCUUUUUCGGCCAUCUAGGGAGCAAACUACUGAACAGAAGAUCUCUCUCUCUCUCUCUCUCUCUCUUUCUUGUUGUCUUUCCCUCUCUCUCUCUGUAACUAUGAUUUUCAAAAUAAAUAAAUCUUUUAAAACACUUCUGAAAGGCAAAACAGAAAAUCUUGAUACUGAUGUAUAUAAAAUGAGAUGGCUUACAAGAGCCUUGUUCAUUAACUGAAAUUUUCAUGAAUAGAAUAGAUACUAAUCCGGUUAAUAUUUUUAGGUCAGCUUCUCAAAGUGGCCUAGGAAAUAGGUGCUUGCAAAAAUUAUCCAGUAGAUCUCAAUCUCUUUGUAUCGCUAUUAAGUUUUCUUAUGUAAUAUAAACCAGCACUCUACCAAUUAAGCACUUUCUGUAGAAUUUUUAAAAAAAAAUAACAAUUUUAAAAUGUGACCUAAAAUGCAUUUGUAGAAGUUCAGAUUGGUUGGUCAUGAUUGAGUUUCAUUCAUGUUGGCAGCCAGUGUUUUUUGUAGCUGUGCUGGUGCUGAUUCAUUCAAGGUAGUGACCCCUGAGCCCAUGUUGUUACCUUGAGUUUGUGGGAAAUUAGGUGCUCUCACAUCCAAAGAGGGAGCAGAGAACUAAAUAACCUCAUGAGCUCCCUCCCACUCCUAUGGGACCAGAGCUUAACAAAUCCACUGUCUGGGGUAUACUCUGAAGUAUUAUCACUGAUGUUGAAAAAAGAUUUCUGUCUUGGUGAUUGGGUUCUUCCUAUGAAAUGAAGGGGAUCACAUCAGCACAGAGUUUGUUACAAAUUUUUUUCACAGUGAGAGAGAAGUUGGUCUUAACAUUUGCAAGAUAGGAGUUAAAACUUUGUGAAACCAAAUAUACUGACAUCACAUUCCCCAAUGUUUAUAUUGCCAAUCACAUUAAACACCCUGGUACUAGUAUACAUCAAUUAGAUAAAUGGUAGGCUCUUAAAUUUACAAAAUGAAAAACAUAUAGAUACCUGUAAUCAUCAUAUAACCAAUGAGAAGAAGAAAAAUAUAAGGUAAAGGCUAUGAAAGAAAUGAAUACAAGCUGUGGAAGAGUCUAGCCAGAGAGCCACAUGCAAGCAUACUUAUGAAUUAUUCAGAUUGUGGUUGAGUCUUUCCUGCAUCAGCUGUACUGAAGAGGAUUAGGGAGUGCUAAUUUUCCAGUGUAGCUCCUCCUUGCCUUUUUGCCUGUUCUGCCUCACACAUUUUAUAGGAUUGUAUCAUCAUGAGUCACAACACUUAAGGAUUUUUCAGGGCUGUAGCAGUGCCAAAGCUAUUUUAAUAAUCUCAGCUGAUUUGGUGUAGGGCUUUUCUUUUCUUUCUUUCUUUUUUUUUUUUUUAAAUGAUAGAGAACUAAUGCAAUGUACAACAUUUCUUUUAUUCUUCCUGGUAAUUUCUGACAAUGAAAGGAGUUUGGUUUGGAUUUGGAGUUCUUUGUUUCCUGCCAUGGGCUUUCUUAACCCCUGGGGGUGCCUCUUUGAGCUAUAGUCUUCAAAGAGAUUUUAAAGCUAUUUUUUUAAUGCAGUUGACUUCAGUGUCAGGUAAUUUCCUGAAUUAGAUGACUGUGGAGAAAAGCAGCUAAAGCUAUAUAUCAAUGAAUAGUUUACUCGUUAUAGAUCAAGGUGACCUUUUAAAGGCUGCUGUUAGUUGAAUAUUAGUAAAUCAUUAAAAAUGUGAUCUAUGUCUAUAAUUUCUAUUCCAAAACCCUUUAUGAUUCUUUAUAUUCCAUUUUAAAGUUUAAAAACAUCACUAAUAAAUGACAUAUAGGGCAGUUGUUAAAGAAUCCAGUGUAAACACUGCAGGGGACUACUUAAUGUGUUUUUCUUUCAUAUUUAAAGACAACAGUAAUUACCGAAUUUAACACUCUUCUCAUGGUCUGUUUUGUACUGGGAGUCACCCCUAGAUGGCUGUAGGUGGGAGCAAGCAGCCCUAGCUGUUUGUCUAGAAUGGUCACUGUAUUUAAGCUGUGUCAUUACCCAGAUGGUUGCACAGGCUGGGCAGGUGUGCAUGGUGGGAAGGAAGGGCAGUGCUGAUGUGAGGGGAAGCUCUUGUCUCCUGGGUCCCCACUGCCUUUUCUUAAAGCACUGGGAAUAAACUGAAGGUGAGACCUUACUUCUUAAUGAGUUAGUCAUUGAUGUGGGGAGUCCCACACCAAUGAUUGUUCAGAGUUGGUACUGUGCCAAUGCUAAGAACCCUACCCUUAAUAUAGAGCUCCCAAAUAUAGUUUGGCUGAUUCUAGUGGGCUAUACCACCGCAGAGCCACAUCAAUGAUCAAUUUCAAUGGAACUGAAAUUCAAUCUGUUUAAAUAACAUAAGGGCUCUGAUAUAAAGAAAAUAAAGAAUUUGACUUCCCACAUCUAAGCUGUGAUUAGAAGCUUGCUCCAGAAAAAAAAAUGCUUUUAGACUAGGCUUUUAUCCACUAAUGUACUGUUUUCAGCAUCUGUGUUUACUGAAUAAUUUAAUAUAGUUUUUAAAAAUGGUUUUAAAGGGGCUGUGGGUUAUUUCCUAUUGCUUCUAUAUAACUGGUAUUCAAAAAUAUUUAGUUGGUAGAAGUCAGAGAUGAUCAGUAUUUCAAGAGAUUAGUGGUGGUUUAAAAUGCAUAGUCUUUUCAUUAGGAACUUUAAAUGCUUUGGAGACCUUUUAUUCUUUUACCUCUGUUCUUUUUUUUUCUUGCUCACGAAGUUGAGUCAGCAAGAGAAACAUAUUCAAAUUAGGCUUGUCAUACAGAAAAAAAAAAUCUGACUUUGUCAGGGUGGGUGGAGGGAAAAAGCAACUUUUUGUCAGUCUUUUGUAUUUCAGCAGCUGGAUUCAUUGCUACCAUGGUAACAGACCACAUGAUGAGGUGUAUUAGAUUGCUGUGUGUUGAGCACAAGGGGAAGAAUGAACACAGCUUUUUAUUGAAGUUAAAGGUUACUUUGGAGUUUCUUCUAUGGAAAUGUGUAAGGUCAAAUACUAUAGCAUUCAGCUUAUGUAGUGCAUCAGAGGAGGAAUUAGGGGCAUGUUGGUGUAUUUAACUGCAAAACCAGAAUGAUUGAAGAUAGUGGGAAAAGAGGAAAUACCAUGGCAGAAAGAAGACAGCUGUUUGCAGAGAUGAGGGCUCAAGAUCUGGACCGCAUCCGGCUCUCCACCUACAGAACAGCAUGCAAGCUUAGGUUUGUUCAGAAGAAAUGCAAUUUGCACCUGGUGGACAUUUGGAAUGUCAUAGAAGCACUGCGGGAAAAUGCUUUGAACAACCUGGACCCAAACACAGAACUCAAUGUGGCCCGCUUGGAGGCAGUGCUGUCCACCAUUUUCUACCAGCUCAACAAACGGAUGCCAACCACGCACCAAAUCCACGUGGAGCAGUCCAUCAGUCUCCUGCUUAACUUCCUGCUUGCAGCUUUUGAUCCGGAAGGCCAUGGUAAAAUUUCAGUAUUUGCUGUCAAAAUGGCUUUAGCCACAUUGUGCGGAGGGAAGAUCAUGGACAAAUUAAGAUAUAUUUUCUCAAUGAUUUCUGACUCCAGCGGGGUGAUGGUUUAUGGACGAUAUGACCAGUUCCUUCGGGAAGUUCUCAAACUACCCACAGCAGUGUUUGAAGGCCCUUCAUUUGGUUACACAGAACAAUCAGCUCGAUCCUGUUUUUCCCAGCAGAAGAAAGUCACGUUAAAUGGUUUCUUGGACACGCUCAUGUCAGAUCCUCCUCCCCAGUGUCUGGUCUGGUUGCCUCUUCUACAUCGACUGGCAAAUGUUGAAAAUGUCUUCCAUCCGGUGGAGUGUUCCUACUGCCACAGUGAGAGUAUGAUGGGAUUUCGCUACCGAUGCCAACAGUGUCACAAUUACCAGCUCUGUCAGGACUGCUUCUGGAGGGGACACGCUGGCGGUUCCCAUAGCAACCAGCACCAAAUGAAGGAGUACACGUCAUGGAAAUCACCUGCUAAGAAGCUAACUAAUGCAUUAAGCAAGUCUCUGAGCUGUGCUUCUAGCCGUGAACCGUUGCACCCCAUGUUCCCAGAUCAGCCUGAGAAGCCUCUCAACUUGGCUCACAUUGUGCCUCCCAGACCUGUAACCAGCAUGAAUGACACCCUGUUCUCCCACUCUGUUCCCUCCUCAGGAAGUCCUUUCAUUACCAGGAGGUUACCUGAGGGGAUAAGUGCAGCCAGCCCUGUGGCUGAAGAGCAUUCACUCAUAAAGCUGUAUGUAAAUCAGCUUGACCACGGCGCACGCUCUCCUCCCAAGGACAGUGAAGUAGAGCAGAACAAAAUGCUGGCUAGGGCUGCUCCAGCGUUUCUGAAAGGCAAAGGGAUACAGUACAGCCUGAAUGUGGCAGACAGGCUAGCUGAUGAACAUGUUCUCAUCGGGUUGUAUGUCAACAUGCUCCGGAACAACCCAUCAUGUAUGCUUGAGAGUUCAAACCGGCUUGAUGAAGAGCACAGGCUAAUUGCCAGGUAUGCGGCAAGACUGGCAGCAGAAUCCUCUUCGUCUCAGCCAACGCAGCAGAGAAGUGCUCCUGACAUCUCCUUCACCAUUGAUGCGAACAAGCAACAACGGCAGCUGAUUGCAGAACUAGAAAACAAGAACAGAGAAAUCUUACAGGAGAUCCAGAGGCUACGGCUAGAGCACGAACAAGCUUCUCAGCCCGCACCAGAGAAGGCGCAGCAAAACCCCACCCUGCUGGCAGAGCUCCGGCUCCUCAGACAGCGCAAAGAUGAGCUGGAGCAGAGAAUGUCUGCUCUCCAGGAGAGCCGGAGAGAGCUAAUGGUCCAGUUGGAAGGCCUCAUGAAGCUGCUAAAGGAAGAAGAACUGAAGCAGGGAACCCAGGGAGCAAGCUCUCCUCGCUCCUCCCCCAGCCACACCAUCAGCAGGCCCAUCCCCAUGCCAAUCCGGUCGGCCUCCGCCUGCUCCACCCCGACCCACACGCCUCAGGACUCCCUCACGGGGGUAGGGGGCGAUGUACAAGAGGCGUUUGCACAAAGUUCAAGAAGAAAUUUGAGGAAUGACUUGCUAGUAGCAGCAGAUUCCAUCACUAACACCAUGUCCUCUCUCGUGAAGGAGCUGAAUUCUGAGGUGGGGAGUGAAACGGAGAGUAAUGUGGAUUCUGAAUUUACCCGCACCCAGUUUGAGGAUCUGGUUCCAUCACCAACCUCUGAAAAGGCUUUUCUAGCGCAGAUCCAAGCCCGAAAGCCCGGGUACAUUCACAGUGGAGCCACCACAAGCACCGUGCGCAGCGACAUGGUCACAGAAGACGGGGACUCCUACGUGCGGCCUGAGGAUGAGAACUAUGACAGUGACUCUGUCCGGCAGCUGGAGAACGAACUGAAGAUGGAAGAAUACCUGAAACAGAAGCUGCAGGAUGAGGCCUACCAGCUCCACGUCAGCACUGAGACCAGACUCAAGCACCCCUGUCCUGUAACCGAGACAAAAUGGCAUGUGUUGUUUUGGGUUUUUGUGUUUUUUGGUGGGCUUCUUUCCUUGGCUCUCCAAAUUUACUUCUGGGGCCUGUUCUAAAUGCAAACCCAGCAGGUUCCACCUGUCCUGUCCAUUAGAUACAACUAUAUUUUGCGGAGGUUGUUUCUUUCUUGUUCCACAAUUAAUUGCACAUCCAUCUCCAUCAGAACUGAUGGCCUGUUAGCACGGAUCUACCACAACCAGUCCCCUCCCCCAGCAUCAUGCGAAUGGACGAGGGGGAGGGUGAAAUCUACUGUAUGGGAUUCAGGAAUCAGUUGUAGUUGGUCAGGACGGAAGUUGGGGUAAGUUUGGUUGGUCAGAGAGAGAUGUGCUGGAGAUUGUGAAAAAUGGAUUCUCGGAUGAUCUACUAUAAGGCAGGGAAGGUUCAUUUGUAAGUAGUAAUGUGAACUGAAUUGCAUUAAAGAGUGUGGCCUUUGUUGUGAUAUACUAUGUAUUUUCUUAUAUGCAUGAGCCAACUGUUGCAUCAUAAUUUAGCACUGAUGUCUGCUUUCUUUUGAUCAUCUUUGUCCACCCUGGUUAGUUCUUGGCUGUUAACUGUAGAUAGAUCUUGUAAAUACGGCAACCUCCGGGUGCUGCAUUCACCUUGGUUCAGUUCCACCCAAGGAGCCACAAACAAGAACUCCACUGUGUCCUCAGAAGAAAGGGCAUUUUACCUGUGAACCAAAAAAGAAAAAAAAAAUUCAGAAGCAUUACAUCUUGAAGCUAAUUAACUAUAUGUAAGACAUUUUUAAUUAUGACUACUGUAAUUUGACACCAUUUGAAAUAACCAAUUCAGAGACACUAAAGAUUUCACAAUAUUCAUUGGUAUUGUAACAAAACUACUAUUGUAUGGGUUUUUUUUGUAUUGCUGUUAAGUAUUGUUUUGUGUGUGUGUGUGUAUGUAUGUAUGUGUGUGUGUGUUGGAACCUCCUGGGGACAUGUUAUAUUUUGAAGUGAUUAAACUAUUUAAUUGUGUGUCUAUAUUUUGGAAUGGAAUUAUUUCUUCAUUAAAAAUGUUUUUAAAAACACUA